UUGCCACUUGGCGCAAAGGAUAAUAUUUUUGACAGUUGUGUAUGUAGACUCAAAUUCUGCCAGUCAUCGAACUUUCUCGCUCAAACGUUUUUGGACCACGCAGCAACUGGAUUCUCGAUCUCCGCAGCUGUUCAAUGAUGUUGAAGAUUUACAAACUGGUGUCGAAAUGGAAGCAGGCCCACAAUGGUCUUAUGCCGCAGCUCCAUUUCCGUGGAGCACGUCAGCCUCGUGGGAAGGGCAAACGUACUAGAGUACGUUUACCAGUAGCCAUUAUAAAUGGAAAGGCAAUUCCUCUUCGCAAAUUGAGGAGCAACGUUAAUGUGAUAUAUCGCAUUAACGUUCCGCGCCUGAGGCGCCAAUGGCAGUGCCGCAGGUUCGAUCUCAAGGUUCCGGCAUAUGUAUGCAAAAAUAACAUGGUUCAGCCGUUAUUAUCAUGGGAGCUGCUGGACCAUAUCAUGAUGCUGCCUGUGGAGCAGGGCACUGCUGAGUUUCAGGCCUAUGUCAAUAAUAUGCUGCAGUUGCCACAUGCUUAAAGAACAAAUGAUGCUAACUCAGUAUAUUUUCAUGUGUAUUAUAACAAUGCAAUAGUUAAAUACAUCACAAAAGCUAAAUUGGCAAAAUAAAAACAAUCAUAGAUUUGAAAAAUAUCA